UGUUUUCUUUUCAGAUUUCUGUUUGUGCUAAUUUGCUGCUUAAACAUGGCUAUGUCUGUACCCCUUCCUCCUGGCUUCGCCUCAAUGCUCAAGGAUGGCGCCAAGCACUACCAAGGUCUAGACGAGGCGGUGUACCGCAACAUUGAGGCGUGCAAGGAGCUGGCCAAGACGACGCGCACUGCAUUCGGCCCGAACGGCAUGAACAAAAUCGUGAUCAACCACAUUGAGAAGCUGUUCGUUACUUCGGACACUGCCACAAUUCUGAACGAACUGGAAGUGCAGCAUCCGGCGGCUAAACUGUUGGUGCUGGCGUCCCAGCAGCAGGAGAAGGAGUGUGGCGACGGGACUAAUUUGGUCCUGAUUCUAGCGGGUGCUUUGCUGGGCGAGGCCGAGGAACUACUCCGAAUGGGUCUCUCCCCGACUGAGGUGAUCGAGGGUUAUGAGAAGGCGCUGGAUAAGGCACUGCAGUGUCUGGAUGAGAUGAAGGGCUGUCCAGUGCAGAAUCUAAGGGACGAGGCUGAGGUAGCUAGAGCUCUCAACACUUCAGUGGGUAGCAAACAGUACGGAUAUGAAGACUUCCUCUCUCAACUCAUCGCCAAAGCAUGCAUCUCGUCUUUGCCUGCGGAUAAGUUGAACUUCAACGUGGACCACGUGAGGAUCUGCAAGAUAUUGGGAGCGAGUCUGCUGAGCUCAGAGGUGUGCAAAGGCAUGGUGUUCAAGCGGGAGACGGAGACCACUAGGAACGAGGCAGUCAACGCCAAAGUUGCCGUCUACUCUUGUCCACUCGAACUCCUCAGCACCGAAACUAAGGGUACAGUUUUGAUCAACAACGCUGAAGAGCUGAAGUCGUUCUCGAAGGGAGAGGAAAAUGCCGUCGAACAGCGUAUCAAGGAUAUUGUGGACUCCGGGGCAGAAGUAGUCGUAACAGGCGGCAAGGUCCAUGAACUGGCCCUGCACUACCUCAACCUCAACAACAUUCUAGUCGUCAGAGUGCCUUCCAAAUUCGACCUGAGAAGAAUCGCUCGAGUCACCAAGUCAACCAUAAUUACCCAGCUGAUGAAACCCUCGCCUGAAGAGAUUGGAUUCAUAAACAACUGCUACAUCACCGAAAUUGGAGAGACUAAUUGUGUAGUGAUGAAACAAACGGACGAAGAUAGCAAAAUAGCCACUAUUGUCAUUCGAGGCUCCACUGACAGUCUUAUGGAUGACGUGGAACGAGCGAUCGAUGAUGGCGUGAACACUUUUAAGGCCCUGACCAGGGACGCGUCUUCAGUUCCAGGGGCGGGGGCGGCAGAAAUUGGCCUGGCUUUGAAAUUGCAAAAACAUGCAGAGACGUGUCCAGGCAUGGAGCAGUACUCGAUCAAGAAGUUUGCAGAUGCGCUCGAGAGUGUACCAAAGGUGUUGGCCGAGAACUGCGGUGUCAAGUCUGCCGAAGUGCUGUCACAGUUGUACGCAGCCCACCAGGCGGGAGGAGUGACCACUGGAGUAGACAUAGAGAGCGAGUUGCCCAAUGUAACCGACACCUCCAACCCCACCGGAGCCCCCGCCUCAGGGGGAGACGCAGCCUCCCCCUCCUCCUCCCCGGGCACUGCAGUGGCUCCUAUCAGGGACUCCUAUUACGUAAAAUGGUGGGCACUCAAGUUCGCAACCAAGGCAGCAUGCACAGUCUUACAAGUAGACCAGAUUAUUAUGGCCAAACAGGCUGGAGGACCGAAGGCCAAGGGACCCCAGGGGGACAACGACGACGACUAAGCUGAUUGGAGAAAACGACUGCGACUGGUGAACUAGGCGUGAACAUACGUAGCAGACGGAAGAAAAGAAAUAUGAUUGUACAUUGAUAAGUAUGGAAAUUGCAAUAGAAGAGGCUGUUUGUUACGAGUUGUUGACUUGACCUCAACAUGAAUUGCUGCUGAUGAUUUUGAGCUGUGUUAUAACCUGUUUAUAAUUUUGUCACAAAACCAAAUAUGUUUGCGAUCUAAAUUGUAUAAUUGAUAAAGCUUGUCAAAUUGAA